CUCCUCUGAAUCGAUAUGAUUUCAUAAUAAAAUUAUAGUCUACCAUUAAAUUGUAAACAGUUACAAAAUAUAGGUACGUAUAUGCAUAUGUGAUUAAUGAAGUAAUUUGCUCAUAUGUUGUAUUUCAUCUUCCAAAACCUAAUGAACUUUAAUCAGAAUUCCACCAUUGCAGAUAUUCAUAUAGGUGGGAACAAAUUCAAUUCACUUGCAUUUGUAUAUUUGUUAGUGGUUAACCAUUUGUUUUAAUAGUUACUCAGGAACAAAUUCAGUGGCUGGAUGGUGUUGCAUUUUCUCUGCUAUGAGCAUAAAUCAAGGCCUCAGACGAUUUUCCAGAGCAAUCCUCAUGAGAGGAUCAAAAUUCAGAAUGGCAUUCCUUUUCUUUGUCUUGAUUAAAACUAAGCUUGAGAAACCCUGUUUACUCAAAUAUGAUGUUGGCAUCUGCAUAAACAUGUAUGUAGCUUGUUCACCUAGCUUCCUGUACCCUGGAACGCGAAGCAGGGAAAGCCACAAGUCCAUAGGGCGAGCAAAUGUUUGAAAAGCUUCUUUUUAACAGUAAUUAACUUUAAGCUCUAAUAGGGCAUCAUAAUCAUUUGUUCCAUCAUUUGAAAAUGGAUUAAAUGCCCACCUGUUGGAGGUCAAGUAUUCAUUCUCCAUGUCUGUUUAAAUGAAAAUCGAGUUUUCCUGCAUCAAAUCAAGGUGUUUGAUAAUCAGUUAAGACAUUGGUACAUCCAGUGCCUUCUCUGCUUCAUGCAAAUGAUGCUCCCAGCCACACUCUUUCAUAUAGCCAUCAUAUACCUCAAAAUCAGAAAAAAACAUCUUUGCUAUAUUGUUUUUCCAUUUUCUUUUACCUUCAGUUUGAAUCCAUUUGCUUUUCAGAUACUUGUGAAAAUAUCUACCACUCCUUUGCCUUGCAGGCUGAUGUUUAACUUGUUCAAAUUAUCAAAAAUUGACGCCAUGCAUGACAGAUUUCCCAACCCAAAUGUGUUCUGACACUUACUUGCCAUGGGUUGAACCCAGCCUUGUAGUAUUUGUCUUUUCUACCUCAACAACCAGCAUGAAGCAUUGAUCUCAUCCACCCCCUGUCCACCUCAAGACAGCCGUCCACCCCACAACUUAAUUUUGUCUACCCUAAGGUGGACCAUCCACCCAGUUUGAAUAGCAUUGCUGUAAAGCAGUAUAUAAUACCAUUACUUUUACGUGUGGUAAAGUUAUCCUUUUGUUACAGAGAACCAGUUGUAUCGCAGGAGAAAAAACAAAUGGGUUCAGAUUCCUACAACACUGGGAGAAGUGAUGGAGAUCCUGCAGUUUUAUCAUGUGACAAGUGGUUGUCAUGUUGGUAUUGCUAAAACCAAGGCCAGGAUUUCUACCCAUACUACUGGCUUGGUAUGUCAAAGGACGUCACUGCAUAUGUAAAUAAAUAACACCCUCAGGUAAAAGUAUUCUUGCAGUUUUAUUUGUGGAUAUAUUACUUGCAUUUUAUUAAAGUCCACAAAAGUGAAGGUUCAGGCCAUAGGUUAAGAAUAAACAAAUUUCACAUUCAGAAUGUACAGCAUCCUUAGUGUAAGAUAUGUAAUAUAUUACUGAAAUGCAUACUGCAUUACCUGUUUGUCUUUAACAAUGCUAAUAUCCACCGAGACAGUAUAUAAUAAUUUUGUCUGCCUUCUGUUUAAAGUCAGCAACACGACACAUGAUGAUAGUGUUACUUCCAUUUAAUACUUGAUAUUAGCAACGUAUCUUCAUAAUAAUUUUGCCACUGCUAUAAUUCUUUACAGAAUCAGGAUAAAAGCAUAAUAACCCUGCCUACCUUUCAUGUUUAUUAUAUCCUUCCUUUUCAUUUUUCAGGUAUCAACUUGUCCAACUUGCCAGACUUUUGAGGUUGUAAAGACACAAGCUCCCACCCUUAAACAAAUUAAGGUGUCUCAACCCAUGGAAGUCGUAGGCAUGGAUCUAAUUGGUAAGUGUUUUGGUGUAUCAAUCUCCUCUACAGUAAUGAAUAAUAUUGAAUAAUGUAUAGUCCAUUUCUUUCCGUCUGUCCCCUCAUGAACUUGGAUGUGGCACUUGCACAUUGCUAGUUUGUGAUUGCGUGAAGAUCAAUUUUAUAUUUCAGUGAUAUAUUUGAGUGUUUUUGUAAACAAAAAACAAAAACAAAAAAAAUCAAGCCCUCUUAUAUGAACCACAAACAUGCCGUUUUGCAUUGCUAAUAUACCAUACAAACACACGAAGGAACAACUUGUAUAUCAAACAGUAUAGUCUGAUCAUACUCGAACGAUUCAUAGCCUUUCAGAUACUCCUAUUUCAUCUCAUCCAGGUACAUAAAGUGACAUACGACUCUGCAAGUGUCUAUACGUAAGGAAUUUUGAUGUGUUGCAUGUAAAUAACAUGAGUAGCCUAAAACUAGAAAUAACCUAGCGUCACAUUCAACCCUUAUUAUUUACUGUUUCAUGUUAUUUUGAUUUUUAAUCAUUAUUCACAUGUAGUAAAUCAUUAUAAUACCUUUUAUUUGCACUUGCAGAGCCAGAUGUCUCUUAAUAUACCUGAAAUGAGCUAUCAAUCAAUGAAUAUGAAAAUUCAUAGAUUGUUCGAGUAUGAUGUGACUAUGUUGUUUGAUACAAGCUUGUCUUUUCCUGUGCUUGUGUGUUCGAUUAUUGAUGUAAACGAUUGACUUGUUUAUUGAACACAUAAACAUUCAAAUAUAUUAUUAAAAACAAGCUUGAAUGUCUACCACAACAGUUGAUUUUAACGCAUACACGAGCUAGAAAUGCACAGGUGACACAUCCAUCAAAAUUCUCGCUUUGUUGGUGGACAGACGGAAUGAAACAGACUAUAGUUAAUGCUGUCAAAUUAAAACACACAUAUAUUUAUAGAUGUGUGCAGUGUCUGUCAUAAUGUUGUGUGAAGACUGUGAAGUCACCCUCCCUUUAGGGGUUAACAUCCUGCUGCUUCAUGCUCUGCCCAGUAAUCCUCACAUCCCCUGCACUUAUGAGUUCGGUUCAGUAGGUUUUGUAUGCCUUAUUUAUAUUACUAUAAAACCUUACAAUCCUCACACCAGAUAAGCUAAUGUUUUUUGCAUGUGGAAUUUUGUAUCUAUUAAGAGAUCUUACAAAUGACAGUGUUGCUCUGCGAUGGAUUUCUCAAUUGACAUCAGUGAUUUAGAAAUGAUGAGUUUAGGGAUGAUGAUGCAAGAUACUUUGAUGUAAUAAAUACUGUUACUUUUACAUUUGGAAGAAUUUAAUUUUUCACAAUAUUUUGAAACAAAACGACUUAGCAUUCAUUGUUCAAUUGUAAUGACACAUUUAUUAUCUAUAUUUUACCAGUACAUAGUAAGUCAUUACAGUGCUUCUGAUAUUUUUCAGCUAAAUGAUAUCCAUCGUGGGGAGGAAAUAUAACACUACAUGUAUACUGAUAUUAUUUUCACUGUAUAACAGGACCACUGCUGAUGACAAAGAGUGGGAGUCAGUACGUAUUGACAAUUGUGGAUUAUUUCACCUGUUGUUCCCUCUUACAAGAAAGGAUGGGACAGGGGUCAACAAUUGCAUCAAGCAGUAUAUAAGCAUGUAAGAUGAAUUUCACUGAUACUGGUUUUGUAGGUCUUUGUAUUCCAGUGGGACAUUCCAUAGUAUAAAAAGAUGUCAAUAUUUCAUUACAGUAUUCUUAGGUGGAAUAAUUUGUGCUAUCAAAGCACAAUUCUCUUAUAUAUAUUUUAUAUACAUACACUUAUUUACCUACUUAGUUAUGUGGGUUUUCAGUGUUUCACUUAUGCAUAAGCAUACACAGAAUAUAUUUAUGUAAAAUAAUUAUGGCACUGUAAGGUCCAUGAAGGAGAAUGUGUAAGCUCAGUGUACCAUAUAUGAUGUGUGGUUAUGUUUUCACACAGAUUGGGAGCACCAAAACGCCACAUCUCUGAUCAAGGGAAGGAGUUUUGUAAUAAGGUAUGGAUUAUUUAGAAUGAUAGAUAUAGUACUGGAGCUUUUGAAAUUGACUAUUUUUUUAAAUGUUUACUUGGUAGAUUUGUUUUUGUUGUAUUCUGUUUGUAACUGAAAUAUUGCAAUGUUCUUCCUUAGUUACAUAUGUUGCCUCGUUAGUUUCUUAGCUUCACCUUUUGCUGCUUUAAGCACCUGAACACAGCUUGGCAUUCAUAAAAUCUAUUGGUGACAAGGUAUGAUAUCACACAUGUAUGACUUCUUCAGGUAGUCAUUUUAGAAGGUUGUCCAUACUUAAUAGGUCUCACAGAUUUUUCAGUUCGGUUAAAUCAGGAAAUUUUGAACUCAUGAAAAUGGUUGUGCACUAUUUUGUACCUCCCAUACUGUAACCAAGUAGUGGGGGAGGAACACCAACUCCUUACUGUCAGUUGAAGGAGAGGGAGUUCUUGUCCCCUGAUCCCUGUCACACAUUCAUUUGUUGCCUUACAGUCCUGGCACAACAGUAGUUCUCACCCCACCAUGACUUCUUGUGGAAAGUUCAAUAUUUUCUUUAGUUUUUAGUGUAGCCUGAACAGAUCCCUCAACCCUUGGCUGUAAGCUACAUAAAUGGGUUAGGAUGAUUAAUACGUAUAAUUAAUCUUACGUUUUGUUGAAAAUUAUUUGAUCAUUGACAAUUUCUACAAUGUGUGCAAUAUUUUUACAUACAUUGCCUUAAACUGCUUUAUGCUUUCAGAUCAACAAUGACAUCUGCCAGCAAAUGGGGAUAAAGAGGUGUGUCUCCAGCACUUAUCAUCCCCAGACCAAUGGUUAGUUUGACCUAAUUAUACAGUAUACUUUGAAGCUGGAUGCUUCAAUUAACACAACUUGGGAAGCAGCUUUUAUUGGUGACAUUUUAGCUUAAGUUUCAUCUGGCAAUGCUUAGAGAGGCAUUUAAUACAAGUUUUGUUAACAGAUUGCCUCUAAUAAAGUGAUGCUUGUCAUCCAGGGCAUAACAGUUCACUUAUUAUUUACCAAGUAGUAUCAAUUUAAUGACGAGAUUUUCUAUUCUCUUUUCCUAUUACUCUCUCAGUCCCACACGUCCUCUGCGUGUAUCGAAACACACGAGAAAUUAAUCACAACAAGGAGAGAGUAUUUGCCGGCUACCUGGGAUUGAACCCGCGACCAGCGUGACAGGAGAGCCACUCCUUACCGAGUUGGCCAAAGAGGUACCCCACUGGCUAAGUGGGUUAUGGGAGGCUCAUUCAUCAGGCAUAGUCACCACACUACAUAAACAGCUCUGUUUUGUCUAAAGUACUACAAUUCUUGUACUUUACUCGCCUUUGAAUGUCAUGCAGAACAGGUCCCCAUUAGAGUAUGGGCACUGUAAAGAAACAACUGCAAAGUAAACAGUCUCAGGUGUAGCAGAUGUAUUUCCACUGAGCUUCUGUAACAGUGGGAUUAUAAAACAAUAAUGUUGCUGUGAUAGUGAUUCACCGGAUCAGUUCGAAUACAUUUCCUGAUAUUGUAUGAGUUGAGUUAUAUGGCUUUUAUUUGGUUAUUAAGAUUGGUAUCCAUUUCUAGGUUUGGUGGAAAGAGUAAAUGGCAUGGUGAAACGCCGAGUGAGCAAACUGAUGGUUGACUGUGGCAGAAACUGGGAUGAGAGUCUUCACGAUAUCAUAUUCUCAAUUAACGCUCAGCCACAGUCAGCUACUAAAUACUCACCAUUUUUCCUAAUGUUUGGUCGGGAAGCCCACACACUUUUGGAGAUCAAAGGUGUGGACUCUGAGACACCGACAUCAUAGAAGAUGGCAACAUUGAAGACUUUGUAGAGGAGCAUGCAACCACCUACAAAAAGGCAUAUGAAAAGGCUCAGAUCAACCAAGCCAAAGCACAUGCAAAGUCCAAAAAGGCCUACGAAAAGAAAAAAUCCCAGGGGGUCAAAUCCUUUACACUGCAUGUAGGCCAGCUUGUGCUUAAACGCCAGGCAGCCAACAUUGCAGGCAAAGGUGGAUGGUGUGAUCCACUGUGGACUGGCCCAUAUAGGUGAGUGACAUUUUUUGCUAAUAUAUGAAUGGCAUUUGAAUAUGUAAUUUUAGUUUUACUAAUCCAGUAAGAUGUGAUCCACUUUGGAAUGGGUCAUAGGUAAGAGAAAUUUGUAGUUUAUAUAAGAAUGGCUUCUGAAUAUGAUGUUAUACUAAUCUGAUAACAAUACAGUAUUGCAAAUUAUGCCUCCACAACUUCACUAAAACAUAGUUAAUCAUCUGACUAUAUUUUAGCAUGGUACCUAUAUUAUGUGUGCUGUUGGACUGCAUGUUUUUCCUGUUGUCUUUUAUUGGCAUGUUUCAUUAAUGAUUGUGUUUCCUCAUGUAUGUUGUGAUGUAUGCAUGUUUUAGUUUGUGCUUCUUUCAUGUUUGAACUUUUCCCCUCUUUCUAGUAGUGUUGGGGGCAGAGCCUUGAGCCUCCAUCAACUGUCUUUACAGAGAGAUAACAGGCUGCAGCAUUAUGGAAUUGUGGUGGCAUGGUUAGGGAGACACCACACCUCUGGCUGGCAAUGGAGCACUCGCCCAGCUGUGGGGUCCAGCCAUCAGUUCAGACCACCAGAACCUUUCACAACUGUUUCCAUCAUUAAGUCUAUAACUAUUUGGUCAAAAUAUCAGUCAUGUGAUAGGUGAAGCUAUGCAAAAAUGUCGCUAUAUUGGUCAACAACACCCACCAGUGCUCGUCCAUAGAUUUUCUGUGCUGGGCUGACAUGAUUUUCCACCAAAUUUAGUGAAGAACCCACUCAAUUGGCAAACCUGUGUUGUGAGAAUUAGUUAUGGAACACUCUCAUACGUGGGAGAUUUGAGUGCGGCUGGAGCUCGCAGCGAGCGUUUAGCGCCACCAGCAAAUACGCCUAACGCCUGCUGCAAGCGUUUAGCAAUGAAAGGGUUAAUUAAGUUUCAUUGCAGAUUUAGUUUCUUUUUUAAUAAAAUACAAUGGUAUUGGCUUCACCAUUUCAUAUAAUCAUACUUCAUUAGUCUUCACCAUUAGCAUUUCACCUUUACAUAUCUUUUAAAAAUAUUCAGUAUGACAAUAUAUUAGGGCUGUUCUGACAUCUAUCUAUCUAUAUCCAAUGCCUAUAUCCAGGGGUUGGCCACGGCAGAAGUGUGUCUACCUCUCCCUGUUCUGGCACUCACUCUCAGCACAUUCAAUCCUGCUACUUCCAACUCUCUUGAUCCAGUACUCACUCACCCUGUCCUUCAAUCCUUCCCUCAUACUCUCUCUUCACAUAUUCAUUCUCUCCCAUUUUCCUCAUGUGUCCAAACCAUCUCAGUGCACCAUGCUUCACCCACUCCACAAUCCACUCUUUUCACUGUCACACCAAUACCAAACUGCUCAUACAUUCUUUCACUACCUUCUCCAUCCCAUCCGGACAUACCAAAUGUUUUGAUGGGGCUACCCUAUAUUAUAUUAUAAUAGUAAUGCAACUUAAGGUAAUGAAUGUUCAUAUUUGCAGGAUUUUGGAAAUAACAGAAAGGGACACAGUAAAGCUGGCUGUCAUCAAGAUUGGACAUGAUGAUGUUCCCCUGGCACGGAUGGUGGCUUACGAUCAGCUUAAGCCUGUAAAGUUCGGUGCUUUUCACAGGCCCUCAGAAGAGCUGGCAGCAGGCAGUUCUACUGACACAGACCCUGAACUGUACCUCAAUGAGGAAACAUACCAGAAAGGACAAGGCAUUUCCAUCCCUGUGCCAGUUACUGCCCCUCCUAAGCUAGGGGACACAAGGCAUCCAGACAGGGAGGAAGACAUCAUUCUGAUUGGAACCAGGGCCAAGGCUGAAAGAGAAGCAGUGUGUCUGCCCCCUGUGCCAGCCAGUCGCCAAGAUCCACAAAUAGAGGCAAUGAUUCAGAUUCUUGAAGAGAAAAGGUGGCUCACUGAUGACCACAUGAAUCAUUGCCAGGCCCUCCUCAAACAUCAGUUUCCCGAGGUUGAUGGCCUCCAAAGCUGUGCAAUAUUUGAGGCGGUGGAGCAUAUUCGUGUUGGUGCCCCCAGGGGGAAGUUUGUGCAAAUUCUCAAUCUCACCAGUAAUCACUGGAUUACAGUAAGUAACAUUCAUAAUUCUGAAGAAGGUAAAGUAAGAAUCUAUGACUCCAUGUUCACAAAAGUUGGUAUGUCCCACCGUCAAAAAUUCAUUGAACAGCUUGGGUGGAUGCUACACACCUCUAGCGAUGCCAGAACAAUGGAAUGGCGUGAUGUUCAGCGUCAGAGGGGCGGCGAUGCAUGCGGCUUGUAUGCCAUCGCUAAUGCUUAUGCACUCUGUGCAAAUGUCAGACCUGAGGAGUGUGCAUGGGAUCAGGAUAGUUUGUAUGACUGGCUGGUUGGAUGCCUUCAAGCCAGAGAAAUGUUUCAACCCCCUGUAACAGUACCCUGAAGGAGCAAUAAGGGUACUGUUCGCACUGAGGUGGAAACGGUCUUCUGCAAAUGCCGUUUGCCAAAUAAUGAGACCCGCCCCUGGUUGCCUGUGGUAAUUGGAACAGGUGGUACCACUUCAGCUGCGAGGGAGUGUCAGAAGCUGACAG